AUGAAGUUGACUAUCGAACCGAGACACGGGAAGUCCUUCCCAGUGCAGGUGGAAGCGGACGCCAUAGUUAAGCACCUGAAGGGUGAAAUUGAGAAGGUCAGAGCCAUCAGCGGAGAGGAGCAGUUCCUCACCUUCCGUCGCCUCCUACUGGAGGAUGGAAUAGCCCUGCGGGAGUACGGUAUCACGGACAACGCCAUCGUCACGCUGAAUGUGCGUCUGGGCUAUAAACCGGACAUUGUGCCUGUACGCAUCCUCCUGCCGGAGGGAGGGUCCUUUGUUGUGGUGGCACGGGCCAGCCAAACAGUGCGCAGUUUCAAGGACCAACUCUGCGAAACCGGCCAGGUCACCGCACCCUUUGAUCUCUCCUGCAAUGGAUUUUUCCUAGAGGACGACCACCGGCUGGCAGAAUAUAGGAUGCAGACUGGGUCCAACUUCUCCGUCCUCAACCGUUUGCCCAGGAAGGAUUCCUCCGUCCCACCUCCCGUCCAAGCCCCUCCUCCUACCUCCUCCUCCUCCUCCUCCCCCUCCUCGUCUUCUGAAGAGGGAGCGAUGACGGUUUUCUUUAAACCCUGGCAUGGAGACGCUGUAAAAGUAAAACUUGGCAAGAAGGAUGACUUAAGCUCUCUGCCACAGCUGGCUGUCGCCCGACAAAGGUCCUUAGAGAGACGACGGGUCCAAAAGCCCAGUCAAAUAGCACAAAGCAAGGAUCAAAAGGUGCGGAAGGAGAAAAGACAGGUCUCUGUCGUUGUUUCUACACGUCGAGGAAAAUGA